UCCCACCCACAUCCCGCACCACAACUCCCACCCACCCCUGUCAUCUCGUCCGCGCAGCGACCGCGCCGCCCCCUUCUCCUCCUUCCCUCGCCCCCCCUUCUCCUCCUCCCCUCGCCGCCGCCCGAUCGCGUCCUCCGGGCAAAGCCCCCGCGCGGAUCCUACGACGGUGGGGCCUAUAUCGAGCGGCUCGGCUGCGAGCGGGGGUGCGGUGAGGUGGGCCGGGGAGAGCACACCGAUCAGGAAGUCGCCGAAGGUGGCCUUGGCCGGAAAGAUGGCGCGCGUACGCACCGCCCGAGCCCAGGAUGGGGCGAGGCGUCGUGGCAGACCUUGGAGUUUGCACCGAAGGAGCUGAGGAAUGGGGCAUGGGCGCGAGGCAUCGCGGUGGAGGACGAUAAGGUGGCCAACGUGCUCGCUUGGGCCGAGGCGUCGGGGCGGAGGACGAUAUGGUGGUCGGCUUGCUCACUUCCGAGGAUGGAGGCCGCCUCGCCGGGGCUCGGGUGGGGCAUCACGGUGCCGGGCUAUUGCCGGUGGUGCCGGGGCCGGGUGGUGGUUUGACGGGCGACGCAGAGGAGGCAGGCUUGAUUUCUGAUGAUAAAUUGGUAGAUUUGCUUGAUUUGGCACUAUCUGCUGAUACUGCAAACACUGUGAAAGCUUUAUGUGAUAUUGCUGAAACAGGUGUUGAGCCUUUGUCCCUAAUGUCUCAACUCGCCACAAUAAUAAUUGACAUUCUUGCUGGUACUACACAUUCGCACAAGAAAGAAUUCGAAGAAAAUUCUUCAAACGUCCAACCUUAUCAAAGGAGGAUAUGGAAAAACUGUGUCAGGCCUACUGUAAACACUUUCUGAAGCUGAAAAACAAUUGAGGGUCUCUAAUGAUAAGAUGACCUCGCUUACAGCUGCUCUGCUCCAGCUUACUCCUGAUAAACAGUAUAUACUGCCAAGUUCAUCGACAAGUACAAGCUUUAACCAGGCCAUGUCACGGCAAACACUUACCAUGGUGGAAGGAGACUCGGGGAACAUACACCAGAUGGCCAUGUGUUGUCAACAAGUGCUACCAGAACG